AUGCAGGAGUGUGUGCAGGAGGGGGCGUUCACGGUGCGCCGCGACCCGUGUUCCUGGGAAGACGUGCUGCUGCCGCGCCGCGUGCCCGGCACGUGCGACACUGCCGGUUGCGACGGCGACACGGCCCAGUUCUUCUUCAAGUGCGGCGAGCACGCCAGCCUGGGCGAGGAGGACCAGGCGGUGCCGCUGGACCUCGUGCGCAACAACUUGCGCCAGAUCCCCUGCCUGGCCUGCGCCGACACCGCAGACCUGGUGGUGGCAUACCCGUGCCCGGCCGGCCACGUCACCUGUCUGGAGUGCUUCGUCACGUACUGCCGAAGCCGGCUGGAUGAGCGCCAGUUCGUGCAGGAUGCGCAGCUGGGCUACACGCUCGGCUGUCCGGCCGGCUGUCAGCGCUCCCUCAUCACCGAGGCUCACCACUUCCGGCUGAUGGGCGACCAGCAGUACGAGCGCUACCAGCGAUUCGCGACCGAGGAGUGCCUGCUACAGGCGGGCGGCGUGCUCUGUCCGCGGCCCGACUGCGGCAUGGGCCUGCUGCCGGACGAGCUGUGCCGCCGCGUCCAGUGCCAGCAGGGCUGUGGGUUUGUCUUCUGCCGAGAUUGUCUGCAGGGCUACCACAUGGGAGAAUGCGACCCCGCAGGCGGCGCUGCGGGCUCGGCGACCGAUGGCGCGCGAGCGUUCGGCGUGGACGAGGUGGCGCAGGCGCGCUGGGAGGAGGCGACGCGGACGGCCAUCCAGGUGCUGACCAAGCCGUGCCCCAAGUGCCGGACGCCGACGGAGCGUGACGGCGGCUGCAUGCACAUGAUCUGCCCGCGCUCACAGUGCGGGUACCACUGGUGCUGGGUGUGCCAGACCGAGUGGACUCGCGAGUGCAUGGGCAACCACUGGUUCGGGUAGGCAGACGGCGGGAUGUCGGCGGCCGUCCGCAGCAUGCGCCAGGGUGUGAAUGUGCUCGUCUCGUCCCUCCUCAUCACCUCC